GUCUAAGAAACGAAUCUUGGCUUACUAUGUACAGAACCUGAUGCAAUUGAUUAAGCUAAAGCCAAGAGACACAUCAUCAUCAAAACCCAACCUGAAAAUUGACAGUUCAGGAUAGGAAGUCCAUGCUUGUUAUUGAUCUCGUUGAGGCCUCAUCCAAGAUCUACAGGAGUUAAGAUUCACCAUUGUACAAGUCUCAAUGUGGUUCACAAAAUACGGCAAAGCGGCACAGAUACACUAAAGGGGGUCGAGUUCUGAUAUUACGUGCUAGGAGUACCGAGGAAUCAUGUCUUCUAAGGAAAAUCCACAUCAUCUAUCUGCGUCUUGUGUAUUGUUCGAGAACUCGGAUCGAUCUAUCGUUCUUAUAGACAUUCCACGUUCUAUUGAAGAGGCUCAACUAUUACCAGGACAAGUCCCCAAAAAACGUAUUGUUUCCUCCAGUCCAAUAGAAAUACCAUGGAAAACACCCGAUCCCAAGAAAACAAGCCUAGAGCAGUUAGCCACACCCUCUGCAAGCAUAGCUGAAUUGAUGGUCCAAGAAGCCGUUAGGUCUGCACUUGAAAAGGCCAAGCAGGACUACAAAGGACCAUGGUGUUUACCGCGUGUUGUAAGGGAUACAGGUAAAAUUUGCGAUGACAAUUCAUAUCUCAAAGAGUUACACAAGAGGAAGCGAACUUCGGGCGAGGCGGCCGAUAUGGUAUCAGAGUCUCUCAUUCCAGAUCAAUCACACUACCUCCUAGGAACCAUAGAAUCCCAGCGGGGUGCCUUCAUUGCAGAUGCUCCCAUGUUCGAUUUAAUGGUUCUUGAUCCACCGUGGCCCAGUCGAUCUGUAAAGCGGAAACAGAAGAGCUAUACUAUUGCAUAUGACAUGCAAGAAGUCAAGGAUCUCUUAACUCAGAUACCUGUUGCAUCGCACUUGAAAACAGACGGCCUUGUGGCUGUAUGGGUCACUAACAAAGCUGCAGUUCCUGACUUGCUAACAUCUCCCCAUGGAAUAUUUUCUGAAUGGGGCCUCGAACUCGUCGGGGAAUGGACCUGGCUAAAGAUCACCAGUUCCGGGGAUCCAGUCAUCGACUUAGAGGCGCAGUGGAGAAAACCGUGGGAGAGGCUAUUACUAGGUAGGAAGAGAAGCAGCACGUUAAAGGCUCCGAUCCCAAGCAAGGUGAUCUUGGGAGUUCCAGAUAUCCACUCAAGAAAGCCAAAUUUGAAGCUCUUGUUUCGGAACAUACUACCGGAGAACUACACCGGACUAGAGGUGUUUGCGAGAAACCUCACCGCAGGCUGGUGGAGUUGGGGAAACGAGGCCCUAUAUUUUCAACAGGGCCAUCACUGGGUAGACAUAGCAGAUGAUAUAUAGAGACUUGGCAUCGGACAAGUAAUGAUACAAUGCCUUAAGACCGAUCUUUUGCUUGCUUUGCAUUGCUUUGCAAUGUGUAUCGUACACGCAAGUCUGGUCCAGGUCUUCCAU